UCAAAUUUGUGUGAGUAGUUUUGACAAAAGCUUGGGCUUACUGCUUUUUCUUCUCUUCCUCCUCAGACUGUUUUUGUUGCCCUCAUUUCGAUUGAUUUGCUGGCACUUUCUCGUCCCCAUGAAAUGAGAUCUGCCAGUCAGCAACAAGGAGGAGGCUCCAUUAUGUCGAGAAACAAUAAAGAAGACGACGAAGAUGAGCUGGAAGCUUUGCGUUUGGCUGCCCUCGAAAGUUUGAGGGCAAAGGGACUUCCUCCACCUGUUGUGUUGCAAGGCCAGCGUUUGUCACCCAAACACAAUGUUUGCAGCAGCGCAGUUUUUCAGCGUCAUUUUGGCAAUCAAAAUUUGAUAGCCAUCAUUCCAGUAGAGAACAAUUCUGCAAGUUCCUCACCUUACCAGAAUUCAUCUCCUCAUCACCCUCCAUCACUUGAUUCGAAACCUCCACCCAUGAGGAAUAAUUCAUCGAGACCCCCUCCUUUGAAGAACCCUCCAACCACCAGUUUGGUUUCACACAAUAGUCCUGUGGAGGAGAAAAGAUCGAAUAAAUUUAGUCGUUUUGAAGACUCUGACAGUGAUGAGAGUGAUGAUGUCGAAAUGUCUUUUGCCAAGUCAGAAAGUGAAGAAGAAGAGUUUGUGAUUGAAGAAGGUGAUGCAGAAGACUUGAUUAUUGAAGUAGAGGAUGAAAUCAUUGAAGAAAUAGAAGAAGAAUCGAAUGGAGCAACUGAGCUCUCUCCAGCUGUUGCCACCAUACCAGAAGAUAGAGUGAACGUUGCCACCUCUGGCGUGAAGCCUAGCGAGAAAUCUGCUAGCCCUUCCGGUCAAAUUAGUACUCCAACGCCUCCUGUUAAGAUUACGAUGACAGAUUCCACUAAAGAGGGUCAUGCAUCGCGAGAUGUCAGACAUUUUGAAAGUAAUCGGAAAACUGAUACGGGAGAAUUUGCUAGGCGAUCCCCCCAAUUAAGUUCUUCGGCAACUAGAUCUCCUCCUAAUGCACAUUCUCGUCGGCGGUCUCCUCCCAGGCAACAAAGGAGCCCUCAGAGAAUGCAAAAAUCCUCACCAAGACCUCACAGGUCUCCUCCAAGAUCCCAAAGAUCUCCCGUAAGAGUCCAGCGAUCACCGGUGAGAAUCCAACGAUCUCCAUCAAGAGUGCAAAGAUCUCCCCUUAGGGUCCAGAGAUCUCCUCCAAGGGUUCAGAGGUCUCCACUCAGGAGGUCGCCAUUGAGAUCCUCAGAUCGGGACAAGCCAAAAGACAGAGGAACCAGCAAGACCAGCAGCGGUUCUGAUCGUUCCGGACCUGAAGAGAAUAGAAGAGCCGAUAAAAAGCGAGUCAACACAUCUGUGGAUUCCGUUCGAUCGUCAGAGCAGCGUCGAACAAGCGACAAGUCUCGUUCUCCAACGUGCGAGAGGAAGCCAUUGUUGAAAAGGUCACCUCCGCGUUCGGUUUCCAACGAUUCCCGGGAUUCUCGAAAGCUCGUCACGCCUUCGCUGACCGAAACGGAACGUGAUCGACUCGAGUCACGCAAGCGUAAAUUUGAAACGGCUCCCGACCAAGACUCGUCUGUCAAAAAGGAAGGAAAGAUUCGACUGCGGACGGAAAUAAAUCGCAAGACACCGCCAGUGCAGCUGAAGCGCAGAGAAGAGAAACUGACCAAGAAACCCGAUGCAGUGGUCGAACAGAUUCAAGUGAGGAGGGAUGAGCCGAUUUCUUCGGUGCCGGACAAGACGGACGAAGAAGAUGUCGACAGGAAAUCAUCCAAGAAAAAUAAACGGUCCUCGAAGAAAUCGAAAGAUAAGAACCGUAAUGGUAAAACUCUUUCUGGCAGCGAUGGAGAUAACGCACCUGUAAAACCUCUUAGCAACAAAAGUAGUGAGACAUCUGACGCACAUCUCGACUUACGAGCAGAACUCCAGAGAAGAAGGGGUCAUCGCUAUGAAGAGGACGAGGAACCACGGAGUCGCACGCCGGAAACGCGUCGGAUAUUGGUUUUGAAUUCACCUCCGACAUCGACCGCCUCAGCAGCUCCUCCCAAACUGCCAACCGAACCAGCGAGCGGCGUUCUGUCGAAGCAUCAACGGCUCGUUUCAGAAGGCCAAUCUAAGCCGGGCACGUCGUCGUCGUCCGGCUCGUUGCCGAAAAGAAACGGCAGGGUCAAACUGAAACGUACCCUACUGGCCACUCCGAUCGAGAUCGAUCAAGGACCAGAGACUGAUCCCUUAGAAGAUCGCAUCCGACUGAUCCGGGCACAGAACGAGCUGAUUCGCAAGCGACAACGGGAGAUUGAAGCUGACAAAUUGCAGUAUGCUUGAUUGU